AUGACUCGUAUAAGCAAGAAUGAACCAGAAAUAAUAGAUGAACUCUAUGAAUUCUAUUCAGACCGGAAAAAUCUCGGAGACACUGACGAAAAAAUCGUCAAAGAUCUUUACGACUGGAUAAACAUAACAAAUUUAAAAUACAUUUUCCAGAUUACAAAUUACCAUCACAUUAAUACUCCGAAAUACGCAUUAAUACUUGGAUUCUUUUACAAUUAUGGAAUCGGCACAACAGCCGACGAAUUGCGAGCAAGUUACCUCUACGAGAUAAGUGCAAGUGCUGGAUUUGCAUUUGGUCAAGCGAGAUUAGGCUAUUGCUAUUAUAAGCCAAUUGGUCGAGCUGGUGUAAAGCCCGAUGAAAAAGAAGCAUUCAAAUAUUACAAAAAAGCCGCGCUAAACGGAUCAAUCCGCGGAAAAUUUUACGCCGGGUGGUGCUAUCAACAAGGCAUCGGCACUGAAAUAAAUCACCGAAAAGCCUAUAGUUGGUAUCGACAGUCGGCCAACGGCGGAGACCCGUCAGCACAAAAUCAGCUCGGAGUUUUGUUUGCGAUAGGAAACGGGGUCCGAAAAGAUUAUCGCGCUGCGUUUUUUUGGUAUCAACAGGCUGCCUAUGAGCAUGAUUCCUCGGCACAAUUUAAUUUGGCAGAUUGUUAUCGAUGCGGUGCGGGAAUCCCACUGGACAUGCAUGAGGCGAUAAAGUGGUAUCGAAGGUCUGACGCAAAUGGAAACGAGUCUGUGAAGGAGACGUUGAUUGAGUUGUUUAGCGGGGAUUUGAGCAUUGAAUAUUUUUAG